AUGCUCAUCACCAGAAAGCGCCGCAUUGAUGCCGGGAUCGACAUGACCCCGCUCAUCGACGUCGUUUUCCAGCUCCUCAUCUUCCUGAUGGUAAGCAGCCAAUUCAUCAAGCCGGACCGCCGUGUCGAACUGCCUGCCGGCCCCAUGGAAUCAGCCAUCGCCAACCCCGACGACCCCCACCUCACCCUCGUCAUCACUUCGGACAACACCAUCCUCCUUGAAGGCGAGGAAAUCGCCAAAGAAGCACUCGAUAGCAAGCUCCGCGACGCCAUCAGACACAGCAAGAUCGAUUCGCUCGUCUUCAGAGUCGACAAAGCCGCUCAAGCCGAAAUUAUCUUUCCCGUGAUGGAAAUCGCGCGGGAGAGCGGUAUUAUCAACCUCGCAUAUGAUAAACAGAAUGAACUCACGGAGUAG